AUGCAUCACGGCAAGCAUUUCCGUCGCCUCAAUCGCACAUCGUCGCAUCGUAACGCUCUUUUGCGAAACUUGGCAUCCUCGUUGAUCGAGUAUGGCCGGAUCGAAACCACCGUUGCCAAGGCAAAGGAGCUUAAGCCCAUCGCUGAUAGCAUGAUCACACUUGGAAAGAAGGGCGAUGUCGAAGCCAAGCGCCAGGCUAUUGCAUACCUCUACAGUCCUACUGUCACAGUUCCUAAACUCUUUGACGAACUUGCUCCUCGUUUUGCCGAACGUAACGGUGGAUAUACUCGUGUUCAGCGUAUCGGAAACCGUUACGGUGACAAUGCUCCCAUGGCUGUGAUUGAAUAUAUUGAUGGACCCAACGAUAUCAAAAAGGCAAUGGUUACCCAGACCUUGGCCCGUGUCCUGGGACAGACUAACCAGACUUCCAAGGUUAAGGAAGCAUUUGAAGGAACAGCUGACCUCGGUCUUUCCAAAACUCUUUUACGUGAUCUCAAGAAGGUUCAAUUCGCUAACAGUAUCGAGACCUUGAGCCAAGAUGUUGAGAAGGAGAUCGCAAAGCAAUUCAAUUAA